AUGACGCAGAAACCGAGAGUGAUGGCGGAGUCUGUGCUUGCAAAGGAUUCAUUAAAACGACUAAUAAUCAACCUACAUGCGACCUGUAUAGGGUUAAAGCUGAAGGGAGUGACGCUGCCACAGUAUUUAAGAGUACUCUUGAGACACUUAAUGCAGUUGCAAAAGUCGCCAGGUUCACUUUUGGAGCACAGGACCAGAGCCAGAGUGCUGCUGUUAUCUCUGGGAUUGUCUGGGGCCUUCGUAGCUUCCAGUGCUACUUACGCAGCCCUUUUGAUUGUGAGGAAAAUAUACUCUCUAUACAGGCACUCAAGAUUACAUGGUAGAAGAUCGAUUUUGCCUCGCACAAGGUCGCAAACCCAGUUGACAACAGGUGGAAGAAUUAUGUACAUACCAGAAUCUAAGUCAAUUUUGGAAAUGAUGACGAACAAUUCUGCAAACGAAAAACCGACAGACCAGCCAGAGUUUGUGAAACCUGUCGCGGAAAGUAAGAAAAUCUACAUACGACCUAGAGAUGAUGAUGUUAUCGAACAUGACAAGUAUCUCUUCAAAAACGUGGAAUUGGGACGAGCCAAAAAUUCACAGAUUUUUUAUUCUAAAUUUUUGAAUCAAAUGCAUGUUUUAUCAAGAAUUUUAAUACCGUCAGUCAUCGACAAGAAUUCAAUGUUGUUAAUCGUACAGAUUUUUUUUCUGGUUAUGAGAACAUGGCUUUCACUGUUUGUUGCCAAAUUGGAUGGUCAGAUUGUUAGAGACAUUAUUGCUGGUAAAGGCAAAAGGUUCAUUCUGGAUCUAGCUUGUUGGUUUUUAAUCGCAUUACCAGCAUCCUAUACCAAUAGCGCAAUUAAAUUAUUGCAAAGAAAAUUAAGUCUGAAUUUUAGGGUUUACCUAACCCGCUAUAUCCAUGACAUGUAUUUGGAUAAAAAUUUGGCUUUUUAUAAGGUCAUUUUCGAUUCCAAAUCAGCCAGUUCUGUUAUCAAAAAUAUUGAUAACUCAAUUACAAGUGAUGUAACUCGAUUUUGUGAUGCAACGUGCUCCGUUUUUGCUAAUAUUGCCAAGCCGGUAAUAGAUUUGAUAUUUUUUUCAUUUUAUUUGCGUCAUAACUUAGGCAGCUUUGGUGUGGUUGGUAUCUUUGUUAAUUAUUUUAUUACUGGAUAUUUACUGAGAAGGUUUACCCCACCGCUAGGUAAAUUAGCAAGUAGUAAAUCAAGUGCAGACGGUGAUUAUUACAACUAUCAUUUAAACUUAAUCAAUAACAAUGAAGAAAUUGCAUUUUAUCAAGGAACCCAAGUUGAAAAAUCAAAAGUGCUUGAGUUAUACGAAAUUUUAAUGGAUCGUACGUUAAUGAUGGACAAGAGAAAAUUUAAUUAUAAUGUCAUCGAAGAUUACAUCUUAAAAUAUACUUGGUCAGGACUGGGCUAUGUGUUUGCUUCAAUACCAAUAGUUUUAACUACGCUUUCGACAGCUAUUAGUUCAGAAGAUAGCAAUAUGAAAGAAUUUAUCGUUAACAAAAGGUUAAUGUUAUCUUUAGCAGAUGCAGGUUCCCGAUUGAUGCACUCCAUAAAGGAUAUUUCGCAAUUAACAGGCUACACUAAUAGAAUAUUUACAUUGCUGUGCACGUUGCACAGAGUUCACUCUAGGAACUUUAAUUACGGGGCAAUCGAAACACUACCCAAAUUGAUCACAGCUGUUGAUCUCAAGAGAUCGGAUAGUAGUCCACAACAAAAUAAACAAGACAUUAUCCAAGGAACAGUACAAAGAAACUUUAAUGGCGUGAGGAUUGAAAAUGUUGAUGUAAUAAUACCAUCUGUACGAGCCAAUGAGGGAAGCAAAUUGAUAAAAAAAUUGACUUUUCAAAUUCCACCUCACAUUGAACAGUCAUCUUCCAAUGUCAAUUCUGUACAGGAUUUGAGAAGAGUUUUUGAUGCCAAUUUACCAUUUUUCGAUGGGCCGGGUUCAAGUUUGUUAAUCUUGGGGCCGAAUAGUUGCGGUAAAAGUUCCGUUCAACGUAUAAUUGCGGAAAUAUGGCCAGUAUAUAAUAAAAAUGGUCUUCUUUCCGUUCCAUCUGAAGGAGCUUUAUUUUGUGUACCACAGAAACCAUAUUUUACAAGAGGUGGGACCUUGAGGGAUCAAAUUAUUUAUCCAUUAUCAUCAGAUGAGUUUUUCGACAGAGGAUUUAAAGAUAGAGAUUUGGUUCAAAUCCUUAAAGAGGUUCAUCUGGACUAUUUAUUGAAAAGAGAUAAAGGGUGGUCAUAUUUGGAUGUUGUCGCAGAUUGGAAGGAUCUUUUGAGUGGUGGAGAAAAGCAAAGAAUGAAUUUUGCACGAAUUAUGUUUCAUAAACCGAGAUUCGUCGUUUUGGAUGAAGCAACAAAUGCUAUUAGUGUCGAUAUGGAAGAUUAUCUCUUUAAUUUACUAAAGAGAUAUAGAUUCAACUUUAUUAGCAUAUCUCAAAGGCCCUCGCUAAUAAAAUAUCAUGAUCUGCUUCUAGAAAUAACAGAUACAACGUCAGGGUCAUGGCAGCUGCAAGCUCUUGGUACGGAUGAAGCCAUUACUUCAAUCGAUCAUGAAAUUGAUGAGCUAACACAAAAAAUGGCAAAUGUUCAUAAAUGGGAACUAGAAAGAGAAGAGUUAAGAAGUAAAUUAGCUGUCAUUUAG